CCCUGACAGAGAAGGGGGCAGCCAAGGUGGACUUGGUUCACUUGCUUGAUAUUUGUUCCCUACCUUCGCUACCAUCUACGUCGCCAUAAACAGCGAUACUCAGCCUCCUCACCGUCUCUGUGGAUUCCAGUCCCUCGCUCUCCCCGCCAUGAAGGAGAUCUAGAUUGCCUCCACCCCGCAAAGAGGGCAUCAGUCACUGAGGAGGUGUCUCCUCCUGUUCUCUCCUCGCCGUGCUGCGAGUCGAACUCCAGCGUCACCGAUAUGAGCGGGACGGCCUCGACAAGCGCUGCUGAGUCUUCCAAAGCUGCCGCUUCUUCGGCUGCCGCCUCUUCAUCCUCCUCCUCCUCCCCUCUGCGGCGCGAGGUAUACUCCCUCGUAGCUCGCUUGCGGGAGAACCCCAAGGAUGCAUCGCCUUAUAGCACCCUCAUCCCGGCCGCUAUUGACUACAUCAAGGCAACGGAUACGGGGGCCAAGCAGACUCACUUUUUCUGUCCCAAGGAUGGCGCAGCAGAGGCUGAAUUGCACACCUGCAUGCUCAGAGUGUUGAGCUUCAAGACCAAUGACCUGAUACAGGAUUGGCUCAGCCGCCUGGCGAAGCAUCUCUACGGAUGCGUGGAAUGCUACAAGGGCUUCAUGCUCGCAAAGGAAGAUCUCAGAUCGAGCUUCCUAGCCGGCUACUCGGAUGGGCAGAUAGAACGAUUCCUCUCGUUCCUUGACGAAUGGGAAGAAGGCAUCGCUCUAGAGCUCUGGAAGUCUCGCAAAGUCGGUCCAGGUGAUGGCCUCGGCUUCCUCUCUCCUGCAGAGCUCUUUGCUUCUUUGACGGUGGCAGCAGUCAGAGAUGAGAUCUACAAGCUGUUCAAGCAGACGAUGACUCCUCAUAAGCUUGCCACGGCCAUGAAACCCAUCUCGCCUGGAGUCUUGCGCUUAGCCUUCGAUGAAGACUCAAAAUGCAGAGCCUGGGCCAACGUGCAACUACAGGAAGCACCUCAUCCCGCCCCUCUGCCACAAGAGUUUUGCCAGACAAGGCCAGUGAGGAAGUUGUUGGCUGAGGCCGCCAAGGAGCUGUCGGAAGGUCCAUUCCCGCAGAGAGCUCAACAGCUCUGGACAGCAUUAGCAUCGAUAGCCUACCGCUGUGCACCAGCAUCCCUUGCCUUGAUGUCUGAUCUCGUCUCUCGGAAUCUGCACGAUGCUGGACCAAGCUUACCCCUUAUCCUACGAGUCUACGAUGGGGUGUUGAAGGCGCAAGGGCCACGGCUUUGGGGUGACGAUCGUGAGCAGGCAUUGGUCAGCCUCGCCUCUGUCCUCGACAACGCAGCCUUCAUACAGGCAAUCGCUGCAGCUUCCGAAGCGGAACUGCUCGACUAUACAGAUUGGAUGAGAUCCUUUCUGACAUCCGUUGCAGACGAGGAAGGCAAGGACGCCAAUGGUACCGCCAACGAUUCCUCUGCUAGACGGCAGGACACCCCUCCCACGACGAAUACGUACGGCGAGGUACUGAAGCGCCUCAUCCACUUCUUACUCGAGCGUAUGCAGCAAGGCAACACCUCGUCCACUUCCCGACGGCUGGUCUUCGAUCAAGGCACCUCUAUCCUGCUCGAGGCCUUCGAGAGCAUCACAGACCUUGCCUCCCCCGCCUUCACAACCAUCUCACAAGUGGUUGGGCUUUACGCCCGUCCCAUCACCAAUCUCGUCUUCCGUGGGCAGCUACCGACCUCCAACGAGCGCCUGUCUAUUGAACGCACUUCCCGUCAAUUGGCAAAGAAUCUCAUACUGGCCAUCUUUGAAGCAGACCAAGCUCUGGUCGCAGAUUCGAUUCGUCAUCUGUCUGAGAUCUCACAUCGUCAAUUGAGUAGAUGGAAGAAUAGGCAAAAGCCUGGACAUCCGUCACGUGAGGACAUCUACAAGAUUGGCCUACAAGAAAAGUAUCCAUCGCCGAGCGUUUGCACGGAAUUGUGGUCCAAUGCCUAUCAGUCUUUCAAUGGCUCCGCAAGCAAUCCUCGAGAGGUCGCAGAUACAGCAGGGGUAUUUCUGAAACCGCUGUCGAAGCUCAUCCUAUAUGGCGAGCCCACUUUGAGCACGCAUCUUCUGCCUCCGCCAUCCAGUGCUCCCGAAUCGUCGCGAUACAACGAGUACAAGCAGGCCGUAAAAGCUUGCAUUGUGGCCAUCUCCAGGCGAUUGAGAGUCAUCAGAGGUGAAUUGCCGAUCUUGUUGACGGAAUUGUCUGAGUCGGACAUGAGCAGUAGUAAUCACGGCGGACUUCAAGAACAGUGUCUUCACUUGUCAGCAGAACUGGUUGCCCUGAAUCUCAGUCCGGUCCCGGAGCUACACAAGGCUGCACAGAAUGUCAUACGAGCCGCCUACCCCGACGUAGAGAGCAGAGCCGAUGUCUUCAGGGUCCUGCUUAGUGCGUCCACAGCGUCUCUGCAUGGCGUUCGGUCCUCUUUAGAAUUCUUUGUUCAAGCUUGCAGUGAGCUAGUGGAAGCCAACGAUGCUGCGAAGUGGAUUGUCAGAAGUGGAGCAGACAUUCUUGACGUGCUCUGCAACCGCACUAGCGGUCUCCUUCGACCCGGCGCGGAGAAUUCCCUGGUCGACCGUGAGAGGCAAGACAAGGAGCUCCUUGAAGAAGUCGUCCCUUCAAUUUGGGAGCUAAUGUGUCGCAGCAUCGCUACCAUCUUCCACAAGACGCCCAAGUGGUCCGAGCACAUUGCAAAGGAAGACAUGGUGGCAUGGUUCCGAGAUGUGACAAUCUUUGCAUCGCAGCUCACGGAAGAAGUUGGCACCAUGCAGCGUGCUGCCAAUGCCAAAAAGAGGGGCGAGAGGGAGCGCAGAGGAGCUGUGAUCACCGAAGAAGAGGAAGAGAUGGACAACUUCAUCCUGUCCUGCCUGGCCCUACCUCUUGAGCAGGCAAUCUCAUGGCUGCGCAUCAACGAUACUGAAAUCGUCGGGGAAACGCUGUCAUACAUUCUCAAAGCGCUUGAUCGCUUUGGCGGGGAGGUAGAGCUUCCUCAGAAGAUUGCAGACAAGAUUCUCAAGUUCGUCAAGGAGCAGCUGGACAUCGACGACCCCAUCCAGCGAAAGACCGUGCUUUCUGUCGGCGAGCUGUUGGAUUUGCAAGCCAGACUCGACCCGAGCAUCAAAGCUAUCACUAUCAGCGACGAGGAGGAAGACGAUGUCGUGCUCAGUAAGGCCUCAUCUUCUAUGGCGCUAUCGCAGCGGGAUUCUCAAUCUGGUUGGCUGUCCUCUAUGACUUCGCCUACUAGAUCGCAGCAAAAUCUGAUUGCUGCCAAGGAGAAGCGGCGAAAGAUGAAGCAGCAGAAACUUAGCUUCCCUGCCAAGCAAGUCAUCGAUGUCGACGGUCUGGACGAUCGUGACCCUCCGCAUGGAGGAAGCAGGGCCAAGGACAUGGCUGAGGCCUUGCGUGGAAAGCAAGCGCAACAGCCCUCGGUUGUCGACAUGCUCAAGACUGCCAAGCCAGCCGCAAGGCCUGUUACAAGCGCAUCGGCUGGCACAUCCGUCAACAAGUAUAAGAGUGCGUCUGCCUCAGCUGUGCCGAAGAGAGCCGCAACAGCGCCAUCGAGGUCAGCCAACCCAAAUAUGGCAGCCCUUCGCAAAGGCUUCGCUGCCCAGCCGAGGUCGUUUCCCGUCAAUCCGAACGCCGUCCGGCGCGUGCCUCCGACAAACGCCAAUUCCAUGCCUGAGCCCAAAGCUCCUUCCGCAUCUAGCACAGUGACGGGAGCUAUUGCCGGCCACAUGAGCAAGGGCCCUUCCAGAGAGGAAAGUGACGAUGACACUUCCUCUAGUGAUGACGACGAUGACGACGAAGCAGCACCCAAAGGCUUAGCAGCUCUUGCAUCUGCCACGCGUUCGCCGACGAAGGGGAUCAAGAUGGUCGCUGACCCUGCACCUCAACCGCGUCGUACCAAGCUUCUUGAUGACGGUGGCCUUGACAAAGCCCGGCAGGAAAGGCUCGAGGCAGAGCGGAAGCGAAUGCUCAGAACUCCACCCGAUCUGCAGGCUCUGCAUCUCGCAAUCCUGUCGUGGGACUGGUACCACGUGUCAGACGUUCCUCCAGCCGCUCCUGGAACCGCCGGGAUUGACCAUCGCCCAGUGCCUGACAAGUUCGCAAAUGCGAAUGAGUACGCUGCCGUCUUCGGACCGUUGCUCAUGCUCGAAGCUUGGGCACAGAUGCAGAGUGCCAAGGACGACUUUUCUCGCGGUGUCAUCCCAAUGUAUACGUGCGAAGUAGCAAGCAGGGUCUCCGUCGAUGCCUUCAUCGAUGUCGGGCUCACAAUGUCGAACACAACCCCUCGCAGCUUCCGUCUGGGAGACGCGGACAUUGUCGUUCUCAGACAGCGACAUGAUGCCAUUGAGGCUGGACAGCAAUCUGGACAGGAUCGAGUGGUUCUCGCCAAGGUGGAGCAAUUCAAGAAUCAUCCCCAGGGUAGUCAGGUGACCCUGCGCUGUGCUCUUGACAAUGAUAAGCAGGGAGUGGCCUCUCGGCUGGUCAAUCGCUCAGUCUGGGAGGUCGGGUCGCUGUUCAACUUGUCAACCCUUCAUCGAGAGUUUGCUGCGCUGUUGACCGCGAGAUACUACGACCUUGUUCGAGACAUUCUACAAGCGAAGACGACCCCUCGGCGCAGAGCCACACCUUCUGAGAUGCGUAUGAUGAAGGACAGCUACGGCGUCAAUGAACCUCAAGCAGAGGCAAUUCUGGGAGCUUUGCAUUCAGAUGGAUUCACUCUGGUUCAAGGACCCCCUGGAACGGGAAAGACCAAGACGAUUUGCUCUCUCGUCGCGCAUUUCGUGGCUACUCGCAAAACUCCAGCUCCUAUCGCGGUAGGGCAGGGACGGACUCCUGUCGCCCCUGUCACCAAAAAGCUACUCAUGUGCGCCCCGAGUAACGCUGCCAUCGAUGAAGUGGCUAAGCGAGCCAAGCUCGGCUUCAAAGGGCCUGACGGACGAAAUGUGAAAGUGAAUGUUGUCAGACUCGGACGAGAGGAUGCGAUGAAUGAAGCCACCAAGGACGUCUCCCUCGAUGCUCUUGUCGAAGCUGCUUUGGCCAACAGCUCCGGUCAGGGCAUCGAUAAUUCGGCCUUUGAACAGGCCCAGAUCGAGUUGCGCUCUAUCAGAGACGAGAGAGAGCGGAAGCAGCUCGAGCUCGAGCAAGCUAAGGCUUCGGUGAAUGAGACUCUCAUCAAGCAUCUGGACCUCGAGAUCCGUGCCCUCGGCUCAAAGCGUCUGACUGCUGCACAGAAGCUGGACGAUGCUAGAGACAAACGGCAGACUGCAUCUCGUAAGAUGGAUGCUGAUCGACGAAGAGUGCGGACAGAGAUUCUUCUCAAUGCUGACGUCAUCUGCACGACGCUUUCGGGAGCUGGACAUGAAGCGUUGGUGUCACUGCCGAUCGAUUUUGAGACGGUGGUGAUCGACGAAGCAGCCCAAGCGGUCGAGCUGUCCAUCCUCAUCCCUCUACGCUACGGUUGCAAGCGUUGCAUCAUGGUCGGAGAUCCCCGCCAAUUGCCUCCCACGGUGCUAUCCAAGAAGGCUGUCACGCUCAAGUACUCGCAGAGUCUGUUCGUGCGUCUCUUCGAGCAGGCAAAGGAUAGGGUGUACCUCCUGGGUAUCCAGUACCGAAUGCAUCCGGAGAUCUCCACAUAUCCUUCACAGCAAUUCUACGGAGGCAGGCUGAUCGACGGAGAUGGCAUGGCCCAGCUCACUGCGCAGACCUGGCACUCUGACCCGCUCCUCAAGCCAUACCGUUUCUUUUCCAUUCGAGGAUUCGAGCAGAGCUCACGAGGCCACUCCUUCAUCAAUGUUGAAGAAGCACAAAUAGCUGUGGCGCUCUAUGCUCGCUUGCGAAGGGCGGCGCCUGGCUACAAUUUUGACGGCAAAGUCGGCUGUGUGACUAUGUACAAGGGCCAAGUUGAAGAGCUGAAGCGCAGAUUUGCUCAAAGCUUCGGCGCCGACAUUGUCCAGCGCGUAGACUUCAAUACCGUCGAUGGCUUCCAGGGUCAGGAGAAGGAGGUUAUCAUCUUGAGCUGUGUCAGGAGCGGUCAAAAGGGUCUCGGUUUCCUCACGGAUGGAAGGCGUAUUAACGUCGCCAUUACCCGAGCAAAGUCGAAUCUCUUCAUCGUCGGAGACGCCGAAGGGCUGCGUAAUGCCUCGACUCAGGAUGGACUGUGGAGGAUGCUUGUUGACUCUGGCAAGGCACGGGGAGUAGUUCAGGACGCUUCGGUCGACAUGCUCAAGUCGGGAAUUAACGGCAGGGGAGCAGUGGUUGCGCCGAAGCCCUCUGGCGGAAGACCAAGACCGGCUGGAUGGGUACAAAUGGAAGCGAACUGUAUCAGAGGCCCGCCUGCUACUUCUACGCCGGCGUCUGCCCCGGGCACACCAGUCAAGCGAGGAGCUGACGCCAUUGCGGGAGAUCGCACCACAUCGUCCUCCCCGGCCACGAAGAGGGCUAGGCCGAACGAGAGCGUCCGGCCUUCUGCAGCAGUCACCUCUCCUGCACGUCCGACGGCAGCCUCGAGCCCAGCGCAGUCGGUGCCUAUACGUCCCUCUCCCCAGGCUUCGGGUCUCAGUGCAGCUCCGAGUCCAGGUCCAGCAGGCGCAGCAGCGCCUCGUCCUCCUCCUUCCCGUCCUCCCCCAGCAGGCAUAAACGUCGACAACCUGCAAACGCGCAGACCUGGCUCGGGUCUGGGUGCGCCUUCUGGACCAGCAGGGAUGAGGGGUGGUAUGCAGGCCCGUCCGCCCAUGCGACCGCCGUUGCGUGGACCUCCAAGACCUUCAGGACCACCUGGAACAGGGGGAGGACCGCGCCCGCCUGCUAAUGGUAAUGGUAAUGGUAAUGGCAACGGGGGAGCCUCUAGUGGUCCAUCCCAGGCGGCUUUGGAUGCGGUAUUUGUCAAGAAGAAGAAGCGGUAGAGUAGAGAGAGACAUGAGGAGGGAGAGAGGAGGUAGGGCGGUGCAGGGUCGUGUGAUCAUCUCUUGUGGCGUUUCUACCAGCAUGUUCAUCCCAUCAGCACAGCACAGCACAGCAUGUACAAGCAUCAUCAUCAUCACCUACCUACUCGAUCCUCGACGACCACAUCAUUCAUGCAUGCAUGCAUGCAUGCAUCUCACGUCACCAAGCGCAAUAUACCUUCUUUUUGCAUUACAGU